AUGGAUUCGAUAAUUAGCAUAGCAAAUAAGACAACAAAGAAGAUCCAAGAGCUCUACAAAAGGGUGGUGGAUUACAUAAUAAUAGAAAUAUUUAAGAAGGAGGUGUCCAUUCUAUUUCUGGGAAUUGAUAAUGCUGGUAAGACCACUUUGAUAAACAAAUUGAAGAGUGGUACUACAGCACUAUCGGAACCAACACAUCACCCAGUGAAGAAUACCCUAAGUAUAGGGAAAAUGACAGCCAAUGUGAUAGAUCUUGGAGGACACACCCAGGCAAGGUUGAUAUGGAAAGAGUAUUUCUACAACUGUGAUGGUGUGGUAUUUAUAGUUGAUGUGAACGAUAGCAAGAGAUUUGAGACAGUAAAAUCUGCCUAUAAAAUGGUGAGGAGUUUGAAAUCAAGAAAAGGAAGGGCUAAAGUACCAAUCUCUGUGCUGAUGAAUAAGAUAGAUCUAGCGAACCACAACUCCCUCUCUGCAGAGAGGGACAUUGAGUUUUGUGAGAUUCUAAGGAGAGAAACGGGGAUCGAUAACGAGGACGAGUCUACUGGACAACCCGUUAAGGUUACCUACGUUAGUAUAACCAAUGAGAAUGGUAGUAAUCUCUCUGGUCCUUUGGGACAAUCCUUUGUUUGGUUAGAGAGGAUGAUCUUUAGAAGACCAACCAAGGGUGAACUUUAA